GCGGUUCCGCCCAGCCGAGCCCGCUGCUCGCAGCCUUAGUCGCCAUGUCUUCCGGGGCCAGCGUGAGCGCCCUGCAGCGCCUGGUAGAGCAGCUGAAGCUGGAGGCCGGCGUGGAGAGGAUCAAGGUCUCUCAGGCAGCUGCAGAGCUUCAGCAGUACUGCAUACAGAAUGCAUGCAAGGACGCCCUGCUGCUUGGUGUUCCGGCUGGAAGCAACCCCUUCCGGGAGCCCAGGUCCUGUGCUUUACUUUGAAGACUGGGAAGAAGCUCUCUGAGGAACCUGUGUGUGCAUGGUGAUGGAUGACUACCGCCAAGUCCCAAGAAAACAGAUUUCAAGAGCCAAAUCAUUUUCUCUGUGGCCUGGUCCUAGGUCAAAAUUCUACAGAAAUCAAUGUUUUGUCUUAUUUUUUAACCUCAUUACCAAACUCACUGGGUGCAUCUCUCAGUCAAGCCUGUGCGGCCCUGCCUGGGAUGGAGGCAUGUUUUGUUUACUGGGUAUUUGCAUUUCUGGAUGGAAAUGUUGUAUUUCCGAAAACUGAGUAUUUGUAAUUUUCCUAACAUUUUUAUACUGUAAUAAAAAAUUUUCAUAAAAAUUUACAGUUACUAAAUUAGACAAAGUAUAAAUUGGGGAAUGAUUGAUAUGCUGGUUUCGUAAAGGAGGCCUUUCCAGUCCCAGUGAGCAAACGGUCUGACCUGGACGGGAAGCUGGGGAGCCGCUCCUUAGCACACGGAGCAUGGAUGUGUUGUUAGGUGGCCCUCCCGUGUGAAGCCAUUAGAACUUUCUUUAGUUCCUGUACUCUACAACUUAUAAUUGUGUCUGAUGCUUUGAAAAGUGUGCUCAUGCCUUUAAAAAUGUUUAAAUGUGAUCUACACUUAGAACGUUGCAAUUGGUUAAAAACAAAAUAUGAAGAUAUUAUAACCUAAAAGAAUUCAUGUCACACAUAUUUUAUUGGGGGUGAUGUGCCUUUGAUUUAAUUGGGGACACUUUUAGAAGGAAAGUUUGUGUUUGUGAUUAUCUUUGAAGAGCUUGGAAAUAAAAUUUUUGCCUAAUUCAUCAUUUUCCAUGACAACAGUA